AUGACGGAACAAGCCAUAGCGACAGAAGCUCCGCCUGAGGCUCUGCCAGCAGUCAACAACUCUGGGAGGCUCAAAUAUGCGGACCCACGAUCACUACCAAGCUUCCCCUCGUCGGGGUUGAAAUCCGACGGAGCAGCUGCAGGUGCAGCCGCGUCGCUGGGAUGGAGCAACCAGAAACCCGUUGAGCUUUGGAAGCCAGACAAACUGUCCUCCGCCUCCGCCGCCGCCGUCCUUGCGACAGACUACAAAAUGGCGCCCCAAUGGCAGCCUUCCGCCAAUUCGGAUGGCCACAAGGCUGCACUGUUGGCUGUUGGGUCUGCUAGCUCCGCGCUGAAGCAGAACAAGACGACAGAGCCGCCUGCAAAGGGUCAGCACGACGGCUGGGGCAACACAGCUGCGACACAUGCCUUCCGUCAACCAAGCCCUCGGAAUGAGCCCACAGACGAGCAGUCGAACUCGGGAACCCAUGGGUCGACAGCAGCGACGCAGGCGUUCGCAGCUAGCCGCACUGAUAUCAUAGCUCGCGCAAAUGCGCCCAGCCCUCAGGUGGCCCCGGCAGAUCGACCGCUCGCCGCUGCCAUGGGCGCCAUGGCAAUGAACAGACCACGCUCGUCAUCUAGCCCCAUGUCGCCUGCGCCUGCUUCGGAUACCGACCUUCAAUCGCGUGCUGCCUCGAACGCGUUGAGUGGAGCAUCCGUGGCACACCGCGCGUCCAUGCGCCCCAAGCCCACAGCCUCCAAUGGCGGUGCCGUCCCUGUGACCACGAUGACGCGCAACAUGUUCACUUCCCACCCCAUGGUCAAGCCCGAAGCGGAUGAGCGGGAUGAUGCCGAGCGGUUGCAUCAGUCUGCGGUCGAGAUGGCCAAGAAGAUGUACAACCAGCAGCAGCAGACGGUCGAGCAAGCCAAAGCGAGGGGAGAGGAUCCCGACAAGUUCACGUCCCCUCACUUGAGCCUCCAGGAUGCUGCAUACAAGCAAGCUCAAGACAGGCUGUCGAAGCUUGACGAUGAGUACUCCAAGAACCGAAACAUGCAGGAGUACUACGGCAACACCCAAGCACAAGCGCCUCGGCGCCGCUGGUCUGUCGCGAACAAGCUGAGGCGACGCGAUUCUGACGAAGACUUUGACGAUCGAGAGGAGUCACAGCGAAUUCGCCAGCAAAUGUCCAUGUUCUCAAACAAGUUGACCGAGGUCGACCAGGCGAAGCGCCAGACUGACCGUGAUGCACUGUUGGCCGCUGCCCAGCGCAAUGUAAAGGCUCGUCUCCAUGGCAUGGACGAGAAGGUCUACAGCGAUACCGGCAAAAUCAACCCAGCCUUGCAAAGCGACUGGAACCUCAAGGCGCAGCAGGCUGCCCAGCUCUCAUCCGACGCCCGCAACGAGAACACCGGAAAACUCAACUUGGGCGGCGGCAUGUACAUGGACCAGGAACAGAUUGAUGCUAUCGCCGCGAAGCGGAUGCAGCCCGUGCUAGAUGACAUCAACGAGAAGGCAGAGAAAGAGCGUGAACGUCAAGCGGUGCUGAAGGCCGAGGAGGAGGCUCGCAAGUCCGAGCUCGCGCGCGAAAAGGAGAGGGAUCGCGAGGCCAAAGCACUCAGCAAGAGAAUUCGAGACGAAGACAAGGAAGAGGAGAAAGCCAGGAAGAUGCAGGCCAAGGAAGAGGAAAGGGUCAAGAAGGAGCAGGAGAAGGCUGAAAAGGCUGAGCAGAGGAGGCUCGCCAAGGAGGAAAAGCGCAAGUCGAAGACCGGUACCGCUGCCGAUGACCAAGAAGAGGAGACUGCGCCCAUCGAUAAUGCCCGUGUCUCAGGAGAUGAUGCGAUCUUGAACGAUGAGGUGCACCCGGCAAUGGAUGCAGAAGAUAGGGAAGCCGAUACUAUGGCACCCAUUGACAGCACCCUAGGAGCUCCGUCCUCGCCCGAGGCCGCCCGUAGCCUGUCCGCCGUACGAUCUGGUGCCGACGAGGAGCAUCAAGACGAACAGCAUGGGGCGGACCAAGACGAGCGCCAAGGUCACCAUCGCCACUCAUCCGGAUCCAAGCUCAAGGGCUGGAUCAAGAAUCGCCUGUCACGCGGCCGUUCCAUGAGCGAGAGAGACGGUGACGCUGCCGACGAGGAGAAGAAGAAGAAGCGCACCAGCUUCUUCAAGGGCAGUGGCGCACUGAAGAAAGACAAUCCCAAUGCCAGCAAUGCCAGCCUGGGGAACGGGCCCUCCAGCAUGCGUGAUGUAGCAAUUGCAGGGCACGCCGACGGCGAGGCAAGCCAAGCUGCCCCUGAGCGAGAUUCCAGGGGCGUUAGCCCCGUGAGCUCGGUAGCCAGAGAUGAAGCCCCUGACAGGCUCGAACCCCCGAAGCCUAUUGGGGAGAGGGCGCCUCGGGCCAGUGUCAGUCCUGGCAGGGACUCUAGGUUCCGCGAGGAGAUGUGA